GCGCCUCAUAAGAGCAAAAUACUGGAUCCCAAAGCUCAAGGUCCUGGUAAAAUCUACCAUAAACUCCUGCAAGGUCUGUGUAAUACACCGCAGACGACUCCAGACCCAACUUAUGGGCGAGCUCCCAAGGGGGCGAGAUCAACCUUUUCCCGACCCUUCACACAUACGGGUGUAGACUUUGCCGGACCUUUCGAUAUUAAAAGCUACAUUGGUCGAGCAUGCAAAAUUACCAAGGGUUAUGUCUGUGUCUUCGUUUGUUUCAGCACGAAAGCAAUCCAUUUAGAAGCCACAACAGAUCUAACCACGGAGAGAUUCCUGGCCGCAUUUUCGCGAUUUAUCGCAAGACGUGGCCUUCCACAACAGAUGUACUCAGAUAAUGGGAAAACAUUUGUGGGAGCGUCAUCCGUUCUUUCGAGAGAUUUCUUGCAAGCGACCAAAGAGCUCAUCUUAUCCAAGCAUAGCCAUCAAAACUUGUGUUGGCAUUUCCAUCCUCCUGGCGCUCCUCACAUGGGCGGAUUGUGGGAAGCAGGUGUCAAAAGCUUUAAGACCCACUUCUACAAAUCCACCGCAUCCUCAAAAUAUACAUUUGAGGAGUUCGCGACUCUCCUCUCCAAGAUUGAAGCCUGCCUUAACUCCAGGCCAAUCUCUCCAAUGUCGGAAGAUCCGACUGAUUUAUUGGCUCUAAGUCCAUGCCACUUCCUAGUUGGUGGCCCUCUUCUGGCAACUAACAAGCCAGUAAUCAAAGAAGACGCUAUUUCUAUAAUUAACCGCUGGCAGCGACUCAAAGCGCUCCACCAGCAAUUCUGCUUCCGGUGGAAGAAUGAGUAUUUAAAAGAGCUCCAUAAGCGAAACAAAUGGCAGUCCCCUACAAGGGACCUCCAAGUCGGUGAUAUGGUGAUUAUCAAGGAAGAUAACCUACCAAUAAAUGAAUGGCGCCUUGGCCGAGUCCAGCUGGCUUGCCCAGGCACAGAUGAUAAGGUCCGCGUAGUGGACGUGCUUACCGCUCGUGGUGUCAUCCGAAGGCCAAUAGCCAAAUUGGUCCUUCUUCCUACUGAGGCAAAUAACACCACCGACUAAUCCUUAAAAGCAACUAAUCCCUCUUUCAAAACAAAACCAUCACAUAAUAACACCUCUCCUACAUCUUAUUCUCCAGUUCACUCCUCUGUAGAGAACCAGCAUGGCACCGUCAACGAAGGCAUCCAAUCAACGCCAAGGAACGGACUCUUUUAGAUGCCGGCAUUCAGGGGAAUCAUGUCGCAGUGGAGCCAAGUGCAAAAUUUGCAAAAAGGACCACCACACCUUACUCCACAUGCGUGGUCCCCGUAGCGCUCGACCCUCUCGGUCAGACAACCGGCCCACAAGAAGAGCUUCUGGCUCCUCGCCCUCCAGCGGCACAUCACCCCCAAGCCCGAGACGUGCUACUAUACGGACGUCGCUUACGUCCCUUCUCCAGCACAAGGGGGUCAGUAUACUGCCCACCGCCAUAGUGCUGCUCGACACCGGGAAAAAGACCCUUGAGACUCGGGCUCCGAUCGAUCCAUGUUGUUCAGUAAGCCGCAUUAAUGCAACCGUGGCAAGGGCCUAUGGCCUUUCCGUCACACGCAUUGGCGCAGAAGGAGCGUGCACAGCCGUGCUACGCUCCAAGACAACUCAGAUGUCUCGAGAGGUGGUCUUAAUGGCUGACCCGCAACUCAGCUGCACAACUCCAGCCCGAGCUAUCAGAGCGGACAUGAAGGACCCGUUAAGCAACGUCGCUUUGGCGCACAACGACUGGUUCCGUCCAUCUCCAGUACCUUUGGUACUCGGCGCCGACGUCUACCCAGACAUCAUCCUACCAGGUAUCCUCCCGAGCCAAGGCGGUCUGCCGAUGGCUCAAAAUACUAAGUUUGGAUGGAUACUCUCUGGCACAUGCACGCAAUAGGAAUCCUUGCAAUCUGAAUAUUGCCAGGGGGGGGGGGAGAAUGUUCAUGCCAGUUCAUUGCUAGUCUGAACACAGCAUUGACUGAGCCUCACUCAGUGUUAGAGAGUCACUCAGUGAGACAGACUCACUCACUGAGAGAGACUCACUCACUAAUUCGAUCCAAGAUGCGCUCAGCACU